AGGCUCACGUAGGUGCAGAUUCCUCAUCUACAGGCGCUAGUGGACUGGAGACGGCUGGCGGCUGUCCCAGGACCGGGAAGAGAGCUUUGGAGCUUGAGGGAAGAUGGCUUAGGGCCCGGUCCCUUAAGGGUGAAGGGCUGCGUGUUCAAAAUUACGGGACUAGAGGGGGCUGGAGUCCGGACCUGAGGUCCUCAGGGAAAAGGGAAGUCUGAUUCUGGGUUCCUUGGAAGAUGAAAUAUACGACUGGAUUUAGGGUUUCCGGAGACAACGGGACUUUUUAGUGGAACCGGAGCGGGAAAACCAGAAGGGACACGGAGAAAAGGUUCCAAGACAGAUACACAAUUAGAGUGACUAGAGUGAGAGCUAAAAGUGAUGCUUGUACUCCGGUGUCUCCAGUAGGAGGAGCCUAGGACUGGAACUCGGGGUGCUGAGGGCAAGAUCUGGGACGCAGGGGCGUGGCCCAGUGCAGGGGCGUGGCUUUCAGCCAAGGGGCAUGACCAUUGCGAUUGGACGGGACUCCGAAACGAGGGCCGCAAUCAGAGAACACCGCCAGGACUUGCAGGACUUGGUCUCCAGGACUGAGGUCAACUGAUGGGGGCGUGGUCUAACUGUGUGGGCGUGGCCAGGGAAUGAACUCACGGCUCUGGCUCAAGAGGUGUGGUGAAUGAAGGAUGGGGCGUGGCUCUGUCACCAAGGGCUUGGUCAUGGAGUAGAGGCCCGGGCUCCUGGGUGAGGCCGGCAAGUUUGGAGCGUGGUCGGACAAUAGGGGCGUGGCUACGGCUCGCGGAGCGCAACCAACGCUCUAGACCAGACCUGGGCUCGAGACCAUAACUGUUUGGGUUUAACAGUCCGUGGGCGGCAGGCAUCCGGGAGUCCGGUGACCCGGGCUGUGGUCUAGCAUAAAGGCGGAGCCCAGAAGAAGGGGCGGAGUAUGGGAGAAGGUGAGAAUUGAGAUCUGGUCGUGAAUAUGGGCGAAAGUGAGGAAAAGACCAUUGGAUGAGGCCGGGUGCUGUGGCUUACGCCUGCAAUCCCAACACUUUGGGAGGCCCAGGUGGGGGGAUCGCUUGAGAUCGGAGUUCGAGACCAGCCUGGGCAAUAUGUCGAAACCCCGUCUCUACAAAAAACACAAAAAUUAGCCGGGCGUGGAGGCGCGCGCCUGUGGUCCCGGCUACUUCGGGGGGCUGAGGUGGGAGAAUCACCUAAGCCCGGGGAGGUCGAGGCUGCAGUGAGCCGUGAUUGUGCCACUGUACUCCAGCCUGGACUACAGAGUCUCGGUCUCAAAAAAAAAAAAAAGUAUAUGAGACAGAACCCAGAAGAGCCGGACCUGGGAGAAGAGGGGGCCUGGCAAGGUGGAGGAUGUGGGAGUAGAAGAAAGAAGCUGUGGGGGAAAUGAGCGUGGUGUGGGAGUUGCCUGAACUGCGGAGGCGGCCUGGGCAAGCCUCCCUGCCUGCCCCCGCAAUGCAGCAUCUGCUGGUCCUGCUGCUGCUCCUCUCUACCCUGGUGAUCCCCUCCACUGCAGCUCCUAUCCAUGAUGCUGACGCCCAAGAGAGCUCCUUGGGUCUUACAGGCCUCCAGAGCCUACUCCAAGGCUUCAGCCAACUUUUCCUGAAAGGUAACCUGCUUCGGGGCAUAGACAGCUUAUUCUCUGCCCCCAUGGACUUCCGGGGCCUCCCUAGGAACUACCACAAAGAGGAGAACCAGGAGCACCAGCUGGGGAACAACACCCUCUCCAGCCACCUCCAGAUCGACAAGAUGACCAACAACAAGACAGGAGAGGUGCUGAUCUCCGAGAAUGUGGUGGCAUCCAUUCAACCAGCGGAGGGGAGCUUCGAGGGUGAUUUGAAGGUACCCAGGAUGGAGAAGGAAGCCCUGGUACCCAUCCAGAAGGCCAUGGACAGCUUCCACACAGAACUCCAUCCCCGGGUGGCCUUCUGGAUCAUUAAGCUGCCACGGUGGAGGUCCCACCAGGAUGCCCUGGAGGGCGGCCACUGGCUCAGUGAGAAGCGACACCGCCUGCAGGCCAUCCGGGAUGGACUCCGCAAGGGGACCCGCAAGGACAUCCUAGAAGAGGGGACCGAGAGCUCCUCCCACUCCAGGCUGUCCCCCCGAAAGACGCACUUACUGUACAUCCUCAGGCCCUCUCGGCAGCUGUAGGGGUGGGGACCGGGGAGCACCUGCCUGUAGCCCCCAUCAGACCCUGCCCCAAGCACCAUAUGGAAAUAAAGUUCUUUCUUACAUCUAA